AUGGAAGAGCGAGAGGCAAGGAGGUUGCAGUUGAAGAUGAUUUCGGAGAUUGGGGAGGACGAUUGGGGCUACAAUGACACACAUGACACUGCAGAAGCUACCGUAUCCCUGUUAGCCGUACCGGUUGCACCCGCGCUUCCAACCGACAAAGCGUCGUUGAUGCGCCACAUUGAGAAGUACGACCCGCUUUCACUAGCAUUAGCACGGGACUGGGAAGACAUUGCCUAUCAGGUUAUUGAAACUAGUGCGGCAGUAAAACAGGUCGAACAAGAAAGUCCUGAUGAUCCCUCCCUUGGAUUAAUGCAUCUGCAUCAUCAAACACUCCUCUCGUAUGCCACCACCCUCGCAUUCUACUUGCACCUUCAAUCCACCCCAAAGGGCGAUACCUCAAACUUGUCACAAAAUCCAAAUCUCAGCCCAACAGAGACAAAGCAGCUACGAACUGAAGUCAUCUCGCGCCUCCUCACAUUGAAGCAAUCUCUUGCCACCCUCGAAGAUUUGGGCUUCGCCGCUGACGACGACGACGAUUUCGACGAAAGCGAUGAGGACAUACUCACAGACGAAGAUGGCAACAGCGAUGUUGAGGACAACAUACAGGAAGACAUCAGUCCAUAUGGUCUCAAACCAGGGGACAAAGUUUCGUUGGCGAGUGGCGGGAUCCCUCGCUUACAGAACCUGGAGGAGCCCUGGCAACAAGACAAGAUUACUGGAUGGAUGGAAUCUACUUCAUCGCCCAAGCCAGAGGUCCACAGGAAGAAAAAGAAGAAGGCUGAUUCAGAUCUUGGCCAACUUGAAGAGGGAGAACUCGAGGCUCUUAUGCAAGACGCUUUAGAUUUGGAGGAACCGACGGCAAUAACCUCCCCGCCAAAGAAGAAGAAGAAACUAGAUUUAUCAGAAUUCCCAGAGUUGAGCGAGAAGAAGAAAAAGAAGGGGACCACCCCAAAACCUGUGUUUGAUUUGGUUGAGCCCGAAUUCACGGCGACGAAGUCAAAGGCUACGCAGGAGCCAACCCCGGGCACGGAUGUGGAUCUUGAAGCGCUUGGUGAUCCAACGCAACUUAGUCAUACCGAUGCUAGUGAUAAGGCUGGGCGACGGAAAAGCCUUCGGUUCCACACAAGUAAGAUUGAAAGUACUUCAAAUCGUCGCUCGAACGCUCGCGCUGGUAUGGGUGGUGACGACGAUCUGCCUUAUAGAGAGCGUCGAAAGGAACAAAAACGACACGGCCUCGGCGAGGGGGGCGAUGACCUCGAAAUGAGCGAAGGUGGGGGUGCUGACACUGGGGUGGAUAUGGGUGCAGUGCCAAUAGGAAAGCGAAACCGCGACAUUUCUGAACAACUAGGAGAUGACGGGUCCGAAGGAGAAGAAGGAUAUUAUGAGCUUGUGAGGACAGCCAAGAAACAGAAGAAGGAGGAAAAGAAAGCAGAGUAUGAAGCUAUGAGAGCUGCCGAACGCAUUGAUCCUGAUGAAGAAUCCUCGGAAGGCCCUCGUUCACUAACUAGAACGAUACUCAAGAACAAGGGGAUGACGGCCAACCGCAGUCCUAAAAACAAGGCAGCACGUAAUCCUCGCGUCAAAAAGAAGAUGCAAUACGCCAAAGCUCAGAAAAAGCUUCGAAGUCGACAGGCGGUCUUCAAAGGGGGAGCAGAGGUUGCAGCCGCACGAGAAGGAAAAUACGAGGGAGAAAAGAGUGGUAUCUCUGGAAGGGUCGUCAAGAGUAUCAAACUAUAG